AUGGCUACCAAGGCACACUGCGCCUACUGCUUCGAAUCGCUCGUCGCCAGCUUCGAAAGACGAAAGCCACUAUCCCUAUCCCAGAUCGAACAACUCUGGACCGAACAACAAGGAACAGAAGAGGAGGACACCACAACAGACGUCGACGACGAUCUAGACCCAAGCACAUCUCGCGUACCCGCCAUCUCACGCCUCUUGAGCAGCAGCGGAACACCCACCUCAAACUCGUCCUCAUCCAGCCUGACCUCCCGCUCAACCCAAGCCUCCACACCCUCCAGCGCGACCUCUGUAUCCUCUCGCUCCACAACCUUCCCCUCGGACUCCUACCCUCUGUUCGUAACCUGGAACACCAUCUCCCCACGCAGUGGUCAAAAGUCCCUGCGCGGCUGCAUCGGCACCUUCGCCCCUCAACCCUUAGAACAAGGUCUCGCUGACUACGCUUUGACGUCUGCGUUCGAGGACUCUCGCUUCCCACCUAUACCCUCUUCUCAACUACCACAAUUGCAAUGUUGCGUUACACUGUUGACUAACUUCUCCAACCCCACCCGUGACAUAUUGGCUUGGGAGGUGGGCAAGCAUGGUAUUAGGAUCAGUUUUGUGUAUCAGGGCAGGAAGCUGGGGGCCACGUAUUUGCCUGACGUGGCGAAGGAGCAAGGGUGGACAAAGGAGGAGGCGUUGGUGUCUCUGAUGAGGAAGGCCGGAUGGUCGGGGAGAAAGGAUGAGUGGAGGAGGGUCGCUGCGAACAUGGAGUUGGUUACUUAUGAGGGCAAGAAGGUGGAUCUGGGAUACGCCGAGUUUAAGGAGUGGAGAGACAAGGUCGGCGCGUGA